AUGACGAACAAAGACAAAAAGUUCAUCGACCCCAAGGAAGUGAUCCACACCUUGGACGGGAAGAUCGACCUCUUUAAGACAAUCCUGGCUCGGAAGGACCCCACGGCUCAGAUUCCUGUCCUAUCCAGCCGCUCUCAACCGGCAGCAACGCCAGGCGGCGGUACCAACCUUGUUGAUGUCACCAAAGCGGAGGCGUUGUUGUCUUCGCCCAGUUCAUCCCGGUCACAGCAUAGAAAACGAGUGCCCUACGCCAAGACUAGCGCGACUGAUGCACCAGCUGUCGCCACGACAACCAUCUCUUCUAUAGAAAAAUCGGUUACCUCGACCCAGUCGACGCCUGCGGGGGGGAAAAUGCAAUGGUCAGCUGUGUUUGUAAAGUACUGCAAUAACCCUCUCACUAUACCCGAAAACUUGAGGCACUGGCACGACGAUGGCCAUAUUAUCAUCAUGGAUGCCUAUCCCAAGGCGAAGGUGCAUAUGCUUGUGUUACCCAGAAAGCCGGUGGACAAGGUGACGGACUUGGUCGGCGAAGCAGGAAUCAGGACGGUGGAGGGGUUGAUCCGCGUGGCAACCACUCUUAUGAGGACUUUGAAGGCAGAGAACGCCUAUCUGGACUUCAAGAUGGGCUUCCACGCCAUUCCCAGUAUUAGCCAAUUACAUCUCCACGUCAUCUCUCAGGACUUUUGCUCGCCAUAUCUGAAGAACGCGCAACACUGGAAUUCGUUCAACACUAGAUUCUUCAUCUCUCCAGAAGAGGUGAUCAAGACCAUUCAGGAGAAGGGGUCAUUCCAGAAGACGGCGGAGGAGUUGAACACGUACAGGAGAAUGAAGAAGAUUGCGAUGGUGUGUAACCAGUGCUCGCAGGUUAUAAAGUCUGUUCCUAUGCUGCGCCAUCAUUUGAGCGACCACUUUACGCACAAGGUCAAGGCUCUGACGAGGAUGUAG